CGGGCUGGGGGCGCCGUGGGGGUGGGCGCUGCGCGGCGAGCUGGCGCUGGACUCUAGCCCAGUCCUGCGGGCCACGCCCCGCCCCAGCCGCCGGAACACUCCAGGCGUCCCCUGGUUCAAAAAUGUCCGGCAGUGACCAAGAACCGUUUCUGGUGAAGUUUAUAAAGCGUCCCGACAAUUCUGAAUCUUUUUUUAAAGCACUUGAGUCAAUACAAGAGUUUCAAUCAGAAGAGUAUAUUCAGAUUAUUACAGAAGAUGAGGCAUUGAAGAUAAAACAGAAUGAUCGAACACUUUAUAUCUGUGACACUUUCAGUGGUGCUGUCUUUGAUCACCUCAAAAAGCUUGGCUGUAGAAUCGUUGGUCCUCAAGUAGUCAUAUUUUGUAUGCACCACCAACAAUGUGUUCCAAGAGCUGAAUAUCCAGUUUAUAAUAUGAUUAUGUCUGAUGUAAUCGUGUCCUGUACAAGCUUGGAAAGACACAAAAGAGAAGAAGUUCAUAAAUAUGUACAAAUGAUGGGUGGAGAAGUAGACAAGAACCUUAAUAUGUCAGUAACUCAUCUUAUUGCAGGAGAAGUUGGUAGCAAAAAAUAUUUAGUUGCUGCAAACCUAAACAAACCUAUUUUACUUCCUUCUUGGAUAAAGACGAUUUGGGAGAAGUCACAAGAGAAACAAAUAACUAAAUAUACUGAUAUAAAUAUGGAUGAUUUCAAGUGUCCUAUUUUUCUUGGUUGCACAAUUUGUGUGACUGGCUUGUGUAGUUCAGACAGAAAGGCCGUCGAGCAACUUACAAUGAGUCAUGGAGGUCAGUACCUGGGAUAUCUGAAAAUGAAUGCAUGUACACACCUCAUUGUGCAAGAACCAAAAGGUCAAAAAUAUGAAAGUGCCAAAAACUGGAAUAUACACUGUGUGACCAUCCAGUGGUUUUUUGACAGUAUUGAAAAAGGGUUUUGUCAGGAUGCAUCUCUAUACAGGACAGAACCUAGACGAGAAACAAAGACUAUGCCUGAUACAUCAACUCCUACUGGACAGAUCAAUGCAGUUGAUAGUCAUAUUCUUUCAGAUGUCAGCCACAUUUCCAACAUAAAUGCAAGUUGUAUAAGUGAAUCGAUAUAUACAAUUCUUAAUAGCAAAAUUGAGACUACAGUUGAGAAUCUAGAAAAUUUGGAUAUCAGUUCAUUUCAAGCACCUGAAGAUUUAUUAGAUGGUUGCCGGAUUUUUCUUUGCGGUUUUAGUGGCAGAAAGCUAGAUAAACUGAGAAGGCUUAUUAACAGUGGAGGCGGAGUUCGUUUUAAUCAGCUCAAUGAAGAUGUAACUCACGUUAUUGUGGGAGAUUAUGAUGACGAAUUGAAGCAGUUUUGGGAUAAAUCAACUCACAGGCCUCAUGUAGUUGGAGCACAAUGGUUGCUACAGUGCUUUAGUAAAGGUUAUAUGCUUCCCGAGGAGCCAUAUAUCCCUAUUCACUACCAGCCAGUGGAAGUUCCAGUUCCAGAACAACCUGAGAGUAAAACAAUACUCGUGAAAAAGAACAGCAGCUUCUCUAAGAAAGAUUUUACUCUUAACAAAAAGCCUGAGCAAGCUGAUGAAGAUCUACUCUCUCAGUAUGUAAAUAAUGACUCAUUAGAUGAAGUUGUGAUGCCUCAUCCUGGAUCCUUUAAUGAUUCUACUCAUGUUAAGUCCUGUAAUGAUUCUACUCAUAUCUCUCUGCAAGAAGAAAAGCAGUCUUCUGUUACUCAAUGUCUCUCUGAUACUUCCGCUAUCACUGAAGAAGGUUUAUUUAGCAAGAAAAGUUUCCUGAUUUUGGGCUUUGGCAAUGAAAGUGAAUCAAAUAUUGCAAGUAUUAUAAAAGAAAAUGCUGGAAGAAUUGUUUCGCUUCAGAGCAGAAUUAUUGCUGAUUAUGCUGUGGUUCCUCUGCUUGGUUGUGAGGUAGAAGCAACUGUGGGAGAUGUUGUUACGAAUACUUGGCUGGUAUCAUGUAUAGAGUAUGAGACUUUGUUUGAUCCAAAAUCCAAUCCUCUCUUCACACCAGUCCCCGUAAUGGCUGGAAUGACUCCUUUAGAAGCUUGUGUUAUUUCAUUCAGUCAAUGUGCAGGUGCAGAAAAAGAUUCUUUGACAUACUUAGCAAAUCUCCUUGGAGCAUGCGUUCAAGAAUUCUUUGUUCGCAAACCUAAUGCAAAGAAAGGCAUGCUUGCCAGUACACAUCUAGUAUUGAAAGAGCCCACUGGUUCUAAAUAUGAAGCUUCUAAGAAGUGGAAUUUACCAGCAGUCCGUAUUGCUUGGCUGUUAGAGACUGCUAGAACUGGGAAGAGAGCAAACGAAGUCCUCUUUCUGAUUGAAGAUUCACCAAAACAAGAACAGAAUGUGAUAACUGAAAUAACAAAUGACAAGAAACUAAAUCCAGAAACUCCAGCGCCUCCUGUAACACACCUGGAAACUCACAGAAAAACAGCCAUUACGCCUCUAGAUAUGAAUCAGUUUCAGAGUAAAGCUUUCCAUGCGGUGCUCUCACAGCACACUGGGCAGGUUCCAGAGUCCUCAGCAGUGAAUCAGCCACUUCAGAAGGAACCCUCACUACACCUGGAUACACCGUCAAAAUUUUUGUCCAAGGACAAGCUCUUCAAGCCUUCCUUUGAUGUGAAGGAUGCACUUGCAGCCUUGGAAACUCCAGGAGGUCCCAGUCAGCACAAUAUGAAGUUAUCUACACCACUCUCAGAAGUUAUUAUUAGAAACUUGAACCUUGCUUUGGCAAAUAGCUCUCGAAAUGCUGUCACUCUUUCUGCCAGCCCUCAACUGAAGGAUGCUAAAUCAAAGAAGGAAGAAGGUGCCAAGCCACUUCAUAAUGUAGUGGUCUGUGUUAGUAAAAAACUCAGUAAGAAGCAGAGUGAACUACAUCGGAUUGCAGCUUCUCUCGGGGCAGAUUACAGGUGGAAUUUUGAUGAGAUAGUGACUCAUUAUAUUUAUCAAGGACGACUAAACGACACUAAUCGAGAGUAUAAAUCUGCAAAAGAAAGAGGUGUACACAUUGUUUCUGAACACUGGCUUUUAGAAUGUGCCCAAGAAUACAAACAUCUUCCUGAAUCUCUUUACCCACAUACAUAUAAUCCCAAAAUGAGCUUAGAUAUCAGUACUGUACAAGAUGGCAGAGUCUGUAACAGUCGAUUGCUCUCAACUGACUCACCAGCAAAGGAUGAUAAGCCAGAUCAUCUGCCUGAAGAAGAAAAUGAUACAGAUAAUACUAUCAUCGAUGAAAAAGAAUCAGCAGUGUUAAAUGGAAUUGAAAAGAAUAACCAAAAAGGAGUCCUGACACAGACCAUGGAGAUGAGAGAGAACUUCAACAAACAGCUGCAGGAGAUAAUGUCAGCAACAUCAAUAGUAAAGCCCCAAGGACAGAGGGCUUACCUGUUGAGAAUUGGUUGUAAUAGUGCUUCUUCCACUCCAGAAAGCACACGAGUAGCUCGCAGUGGGCGAAGUAGAGUUCUGGAGGCACUGAGGCAUUCUCGUCAAAUAGUACUUGACAUAAACACAGAGCCCUCCCAAAAUGAACAAAUUAUUUGGGAUGACCCUACAGCCAGGGAGGAGAGAGCAAGACUUGCCAGCAAUUUGCAGUGGCCUAGUUGUCCCACACAAUAUUCUGAGCCUCAGGUUGAUGUAAAAAAAUCGGAGGACUCUCCUUUUCAGGAGCCUUCAUGUGAUUCAGAAGUUACUCAAGAGGCUAUCUCUGAUCCUGGAAGCAAGUGUAUGAAUGAAGCCCCCAAACACCUGAUCUCUGAAGAACCAGACACUCUCAUAAAAGACCACCACUUGAUCCCUACACCUCAGGCUCCAAGUAUCGCCUUCCCCCUUCCCAAACCGCCUAUGGCUCCACACCCCAGAGAAAAGGUGACAAUGAUGGAAGAAACUCAGGAAGACUUGACCAAAAAGUACAUCUUUCAGUUUUCAUCUCUGAAUCCUCAAGAACGUAUUGAUUAUUGCCAUCUAAUUGAAAAACUAGGUGGAUCAGUGGUCGAGAAGCAGUGCUUUGAUCCCAGCUGUACACACACUGUUGUGGGACAACCACUUCGAAAUGAGAAGUACUUAGCUUCAGUGGCAGCUGGAAAGUGGGUGCUUCAUCGCUCCUACCUUGAAGCUUGUAGGACUGCUGGACACUUUGUGCCGGAAGAAGACUAUGAAUGGGGAAGCAGUUCCAUACUUGAUGUUUUGACUGGAAUCAAUGAACAGCAGCGAAAACUAGCACUUGCAGCAAUGAGAUGGAGGCAAAAACUUCAGCAUAAUCAAGAAUCUGGUGUUGGGGCCGGCGAGGGGGCAUUCAGCGGGUGGAAGGUUAUUUUAUAUGUUAAUAAGUCCCGAGAAGCAGGAUUCAAACGCCUUCUUCAGUCAGGAGGAGCUAAGGUGCUACCUGGUCAUUCUGUACCUUUAUAUAAAGAAGCUACUCAUUUCUUUUCUGACUAUAGUAAAAUGAAAGUAGAUGACUUGGGAGUUCACGUCGCAGAAGCUGCUUCCCAUAAUGUAUAUUGCUUGAAAACAGAUUACAUUGCUGAGUAUAUUACGCAGGAAUCCCCUCCUCCGGUAGAAGCUUACUAUUUGCCAGAAGCUAUUUCAUUUCUUCAGAAUAAUAAUGAAUCUGGAACUGGAUUAUCACAAAAGAGGAAAGUUCCUACUGAGAAAAAUAAACUCAAACGGCCUAGGGUAUAUUAAUUGUAUUU